UUGAGUAGCGAGCCCGCUGAGCCGAUGAGCAAUAGUUUUCUGUCAUAUUCUUCAGUUGAUGACGAUCCAGUAUGACUUUAAUAUCUCAGACGCUGCUGCAAAACGCUCAUGUGAAAACGUCACAAUUUUGAAGGCGGUACUAUAACCCUAUAUACGGCCUAAAGCCAUCCACGCAUUCAGUUGAGCUUUCAACAUGAAAAUGUAAUACAUGGAAGAAUUGUUAAAGUCGUGUGGCUGUUGAAUAGUUGGUUAAUUCAUAUCAUCAGCGUUGGAGUGAGGAAGCGAGCGUUUGAAAUGAUCGUAGGAAUAGGGUUCCCUCUGUCAUUGACUCGUAAACAUCUGGAGAGUUGAUGAAAGUAGAGGCAGGUGCUAUACAAAGUUGAUUGCUUGGGGAAAUGUCUCUACCCAACGUCAGGAAAGUUGCCUUUGGGCUAAAAAGCCUCCAUUCCACAAUUUGUGUUUCAAGUAUCACAGUCCUGGCUUUAAUAUGUCUCACCAAAAUUUCACCAGCCUUUGGGGAUGACGACAUGAUGGUGCGCGCAUUUGCCGAAAGAUUCCGCAGCUUAUCGGGGGAAGAACUGUACGAUCUGUGGCACACCGAUUGUCACCGACGCUGCCGCGCCCAGUUGAUAGAACAUAUUAACCUCGCAUGCAGCUAUGACCCCUACAAAAUUAUCUCAAAGCGUUCCGUGAACAGCACCGUAGCGAGGAAGCACGUCCCUGAUCACGAUGGCGACAGCGAGAAGAAAGCGUCCAUCUUUAUUACCCGUCAUGCCUCUGCUGCGUUUUUGGCCACUGGACAUAAGACAAAGACUGUUGGUCACAAAAUUGUAAAACGGGGAAUUAUGGAGGAGUGUUGUUAUAUGAAAGCCUGCUCGUGGGAGGAGUAUGGGGAAUUUUGCCACACCCACAACCGGCAAACAACGGACCGCGUGACAAGAUGUAACAAAUGAGCCAUCUGAAGUUCGUCUGAAUGAAGUUCGUGCAGAACAGUCGUGCAGAAAUUAGUAUCGACCAUAUUUUCCUUCUGUGAUUUGUGUUACUUUCUGGUGGCCAACUGACCUCGCAACGAUGAUAUUGGAUUGUCCAGCUUGUGGUCAUCUCGUAAAGGAAAACUGAAAUCUCCGACACAUCAAAGUAGUUUGCUUUUGCAAAAAUAAUGAAAAACAUUGGUGCCGCCAUUUUGUUGAUUUCACCAUGUACUCUGUACAACUACUUACAAAUGUAUUUCCCUGGACAGAAACAGAAAUGAAUAUUGACCACAACGCUUGCUGAUGAACUUAUUUUUGCGUUGGCUCUCUUUUACUUUGGUAAAAGAAAUAUAUGAAAAUGACAUAUUUAUUUAUAACCUGUAUGUGUUUCGUUACACAAGAUCUUCUGUUGAAAUUGUACAUUUUGGGUGUAUUUUAUCUAUACUUGUGUUGUGAAUAUUUCAAUCCAUUGAAUACGUACAAUGUG